CAACUCGUCUCAACUGGCAACAUCACAGAUCCGAAGCGUUCUUUAAAUUGCGCUGCCAGUGCCUUCGCCUCACCCCAAGGCUCUGUCAAUCAUCUCAAACAUAGACAGUGGUUCUGGAGCAUCUACGAUGGCGAGCCGCAAUGACGAACUCCUGAAAAGGCCGCUUUACGGUAACGCGGCCCCGCCCCACCAAUGUCUGGAGGAACGGCGCUGAUGAGACGUGCAGUGUACGACCUACCGGGGGAGGUUCUGGAGACGCUCACGCUCAAGGCCGACUCGGACUCGGUAGCGGUGUUACCAGAGCAGGAUGAGGCGUCGUCGUCGCGCUCGCCAAAGGACAAGAGCCUGAACGCGUCCACCGACAGCCUCGUUGGCUCGCAGUCCUGCUCGCUCUGCGGGCUGGCCUUUGCCACCCUGCUGGACCAGCGCGGCCACCUAAAGUCAGACCUGCACCACUACAACCUCAAGCAGAAGCUGCGGGGCCUGAAGCCCGUCUCGGAAGCCGAUUUUGAGAAGCUGAUUGGCGACCUGGAUGAGUCGCUCUCCGGGUCCGACUCUGAUGAUUCUGAGGACGAGGAUGAGGACGGGCGGCAGGAGUCUACGCUGACGGCGCUGCUCAAGAGGCAGGCGAAGCUGGCUGACAAGAAAGGGGAGGCGGAGGACGACGAGAAUGAGGACGACAACGCAAUGCGCCGCCGGAACAAGGCCAAGCCGCCUCUCAUCUGGUUCAGCUCGCCGGUCCUGCCCGACAAGUCGUACUUUGGGCUCUACCGCGCGAUCCUCACCGGCCAGGAGCUGCGCAACGCGGACCUCGUCGAAGUCCUGCGGAGGAAGCAGGUCGAGCCGAUAUCCGUGCCGCCGAAGCCGGGCAGAGACGGAGGAUCGCUGCCGCCCGUCGCCUACAAGGGGCCUCACAUCUUCCUAUGCAUGAUCGGCGGCGGCCACUUCGCCGCCAUGGUCGUCUCCCUCGCGCCCCGGGCGGCGGCGUCCAAGUCCGGCACCACCAUGAACCGCGAGGCCACGGUCCUGGCGCACAAGACGUUCCACCGCUACACCACCCGGCGCAAGCAAGGCGGCUCGCAGUCCGCAAACGACAGCGCCAAGGGCGCGGCGCACUCGGCGGGCUCGAGCCUGCGCCGGUACAACGAGCAGGCCCUCGUCGCGGACGUGCGGGCGCUGCUGCACGACUGGAAGGCCCUCCUGGACACGUCCGAGCUGCUCUUCGUCCGCGCCACGGGGACGACGAACCGCAGGACGCUGUUUGGGCCGUACGAGGGGCAGGUGCUGCAGCACAACGACACGCGCAUCCGCGGCUUCCCCUUCAGCACGAGGAGGGCCACGCAGAACGAGCUCAUGCGCUCCUUCAUCGAGCUGACGCGCCUCAAGGUCCGAGAGAUCGACCCCGAGAAGGAGGCCAAGGACGCGGAGCCGGCGGUGGCGGCGCCCGCAAAGGCGGCCACUCCGAGACCAACCAAGCCAAAGUUGUCAGAGGAAGAGGAGACGGCAUUGCUGCAUACGUCCCAGCUACAGGCCUUCAUCCGACGGUCAAAACUACCCGCACUCCUCUCCUACCUCACCAACAACGACCUCACCGCGGACUACGAAUUCCAGCCGAGGGAGCAGAACCACCACGCGCCGCGGCCGCUACACCUCGCCGCGUCCCAAAACUCUCCGCCACUCGUCCUGGGCCUCCUAACCAGAGGAGGCGCCAACCCUCUACUAAGGAACGCAGAGGGCAAGACGCCCUUCGAGCUCGCCGGCGACCGCUCCACGCGUGAUGCCUUCCGCGUCGCGCGGUCAGAGCUCGGCGAGGGCAAGUGGGCGUGGGACGACGCCAAGGUCCCCGCCGCCAUGACCAAGGCGGACGCAGAGCGGCGCGACGAGCGGGAGAAGCAGGACGUGGAGCGCAAGGAGGCGGACCGGCGAAUGGCCGAGGAGGAGCGGCUGCGCAAGGAAGGGCCGCGGGUCCCCACCGCCGCCGCCGCCGCCGGAAAGACGGGCCGGGGCGGCAGCGGUAGUAAUAUCCUGGGGGCUGGACUGGCCAAGACGCCGCAGGAGAGGAGAGAGGUCGAGGCGCGUGGGCUGACGCCGGAGAUGAGAAUGAAGCUCGAGAGGGAGAGGAGAGCGAGGGCGGCGGAGGAGCGGCUACGGAAGAUGAGGGAUGGAGUUUGAUUGACGUCACCCUGCUCAUAGCCGACAUAAGCAGCGCGGGAUACCCAGUGGCUGGCCUGCAUUUCUCAUGACAUUUCGCCCGGCACCUUAAAUGGACCAUAUCAUGGCCGAGUGAUGAGUGCAGCCGUGAAGCUCGUGGGAGCUCAAAGCCGUCUGCGCAAGCAUCGUGCGGGACAACUCGAUCGCGCAAAGUCGUCAAGUGGAUAUGUAGCUGGUCAUAAACAAGCUCUACAUAUACUGUGCGGCUGUCUAUUCACAGAGUCCAGGCUCAUGUGCUCUUACUCAUGUACUCGCAGCCCAACACCGAACUGAGCACAGCUGGGCACCCACGUCUCUCAAACGCUAGUACGAUGCAUCCGGCACUCUAUAGCUUGGCACCCUUCUUCUUUCGCCCCUGAGCCUCCCUUUCUUUGAGUAGUCGUCGGAGAAUCUUGCCGCUGGGGCUUUUUGGGAUGGCGUCGAUAAAUUCGACACCGCCCUUGAGCCACUUGUGUCGCGCCUUAUGAUCCUCCACGUGUUUGGAGAUGGCGGCGACAACGUCUGCAUCAGAUGCGCUGCCGAUGGCGGCCGUCGCCUUGACAACAUAUGCCUUGGGAACCUCGCCGGCGCGAUCGUCAGGGACAGGAAUGACGGUGCAGUCGGAAACGAACGGGUGUGCAAGGAGAUGCGCCUCAAGCUCGGCCGGGGCGACUUGAUGACCCUGGGAGGACAAGCGUCAGAAAGAAUCAGUGCCACUGUCGGUUAUUG